AAACCGAACAAUAGAAAGUGUAUGAUGACAGGGAUCAGAGAGAACGAGCGGUGGACAGGGGCUGGUAUGUCUCUUUUGACAUUUAGUCACAGGACAUCUGAUCGCCUCCCUACACGAGACUAAUAACAGGGCUCAGUCUCCAUUUUGGCUCCGGAGCCUCCACAUUACAUCGCAGUGUGUCACAGUCCCAGGAGAAGCUGCUGCUGCUGCUGCUGCUCGGCUGCACCGGACCCGGGUCCCACACUCUCCCGCACCGGGCGCAGAGAAGACGCUGAUUCAAUCAUGCCCCCCGCUGCAGCAACCAAUCUGGGCUACACCCCACCAGAUGGAGGCUGGGGCUGGGCCGUUGUCUUUGGCUCUUUCAUCUCCAUAGGAUUCUCCUAUGCCUUUCCCAAGUCCCUCACCAUCUACUUUAAAGAAAUCCAGGCGUAUUUCUCAGUUUCCUACAGUGAGAUUGCCUGGGUGUCUUCAGUCAUGCUUGCUUCUAUGUAUGCAGCAGGACCACUGAGCAGUGUACUUGUCAACCGCUAUGGCAGCAGACCAGUGGUUAUGGUCGGUGGGCUGAUGGUUUGUGGUGGCAUGGUGCUCGCUUCUUUUGGCACCACUAUCAUACAUCUGUAUCUUUGUGUUGGAGUAAUUGGAGGUUUAGGCCUUGCUUUCAACCUGCAGCCAGCCUUGACGAUCAUCGGCACCUACUUCCAGGUCAAGAGGCCAUUAGCAAACGGGCUCGCCAUGGCAGGAAGUCCAGUGGUUCUGUUCACUCUGGCUCCGCUCAACCAGUUUCUUUUUGAUUCUUUUGGCUGGAGAGGGAGCUUCCUCAUCCUGGGAGCAAUCGUUCUGAACUGCUGUGUCGCUGGUGCUCUGAUGAGACCGGUCAACAAGGUCAUCCAACCCAAACCGAAGAUCAAACCACCGCAGAACGAUCAGGAGAAUCCUACCUCAAAUGCCAGCGCACAGUCUGUGAACCUGCUGACUGAAGAAAACCAAAGAGAAAGCAAGAGUGAGCGCUGUUUGGACAAAUUCAUAGAUGUCUCACUUUUCAAAGACAGAGGCUUCCUCAUUUAUCUCAUCGGUAACGUGGUCAUGUUUUUUGGCUUUUUCGCUCCUGUGGUUUUUCUGGCUCCGUAUGCACGACAUCAGGGGGUGGAUGAAUAUUCAGCAGCUUUCUUGCUUUCUAUUUUUGCUCUGGUGGACAUGUUUGUCAGACCAGCAACCGGCUUCAUCGGUAACACCAAGUGGAUUCGCCCAAGGAUCCAGUAUUUCUUCAGCUUUGCUGUUGCUUACAACGGUGUGUGUCACCUCUUGUGCCCACUGGCAGAAGGAUAUGCGGGUCUGGUGGUUUACACUGUCUUCUUCGGGGUGGCCUUCGGGAUGCUUUGUGCGCUGCUCUUUGAGGUCCUGAUGGACCUCGUCGGAGCGAAGCGCUUCUCCAGCGCUGUGGGACUCGUCACCAUCAUCGAGUGUGGACCAGUGCUGCUUGGACCUCCGAUGUCAGGAGCCUUGGUUGAUAAGUUCGGGGAUUACAAAUACAUGUACUAUGCAUGUGGUGUGAUAAUGCUGGUGCCUGGCAUAUUUUUCUUCAUCAUGAAUUACUACAACUACAAGAAACUGGACGAGGAGCAGAGGCUGAGUGUGGCUGCGGAGAUGAGGAACUCUGAAGAGGCGGUAGAACUUAAAAUAACCCAGGGCGAAAAAAACAGCGUCUGAAACAGAUGGAUGAACCUGCUGACUGCGAUUUUUAUUUCAGUUGGUGACAGAAAGAAAAGACAGAACAUGUUGGAUACAGUGUACAGGCUAUUACUACUAAAAUGUAUUUUAAACUUUGGUUGAGUUUAUCUCUCUCUGGACCUUUGCUAUAUAUCUGUAUUAACAUUUGCUGUUAUAAUGGUUGUUUUAUGUAUAGUAUUAUAAUUAUGACGUUGUGUCACAGCUGAAGCUCUAAUGGCCUUUGCUCUUCAAUCAUCGAAAACUGCCCCCGUUCCCUCCAGUGCAAUAAUCGUAAUGGCUCUAUAAAGUAAUAUGGUGCCUCUCUGAUUAUUCAGUGGUUGAAUAAAAAAUCAUUUUCCUGAGGGACUGAUAUAAAAUAAUGAGUCAAAACCCUGAACAUGGAGCCAAACCAGUGCUGGUUAUUAUCACCCUUGGACCACUAGAUGGCACUGGACACUAUCAGAGAGCCAGUUAUUUCUCUCCCAUUAAAGCAGAAUUAAACAAAAGCCGUCAUCACUGAGGGUUUAGAGUUUUUACAACAUUGUUUUUCCAAAGUGUGGGUCAUCACCCUCCCCUCGGCUGCCAGAAACUGUUGCAUGAGUCACAGAGGACGCAGCAGUGAAAAAAAGAACACAGAGAAUAUUAAAUGUCUGGUGUAAAGACAACAGACUUUCUCCCUUAAAACACAUUCCCAGGAUUCCCUUCAUGCUGUCCAGAAAUUUAAAUAUCACUUGUAGAGAAAAAUUCAUUAUUCAGUCUUCAAGUCAGUAAAAUAACAUUUUCAGUGUUACGGGAAUCUGUAAAAGUUGUUCCACUGCUGCACCGAUUUAGAAUUCAGAAAGAAGUUAUGGAAAUGUUUCAGAAUUUAAUUAUAAUAUAAAUGCGAAGAACCCAAUGUGCAUCAAGACGUCAGAUUGCAUUUGCAUCUGUGGCUGAAGAAGACAUUUUUACUAUAGCUACAGGCCAGGCGUCUAUUUCUUAUUGUUAUUAAGACAUAUUUCUACAUUGUGAAAAACCUAAUGAUUCAAGGACAAAGAUUCUGACUUGCACAUGUCAGAGAAAAAACUGUGAUUUCAUGCCAGGUUACUCAUUAUUCCACCACAGGUCAAACUUCAUUUUCCAGCACACUGCGUCAUUACAGCUCCUCAAUGCCAUGCAGGCCUUGAGCACUUGCUGCACAAGAUACAUGGGUGAGCCAUUCAGUAAAUGAACAAAGCCAUUAUUACAGAUGUAUGUUUUAAUUCUUUAUCAUGUCGCUGCAAGGUGCAUAUUGACUCCCUUUUUCAGACGCCCGAAAAUUGCUUAUGCGACUGAAUCAAUAAGUUUAUUUAUAACCUCAGAUAACAUCAUUUGAAAAUCAGGCCAAAUCACUGCAGGUCUGUGGCCUGUGUGUGGGAGGUCUCCUCUAUGAAUCCUGGUUUGAAUUCAACCAACUCAAAUUUGAAUCAGGUUUGAGCACCAAUAUAAAAAAUGUUGAAUGCUCCGACAAAGAGUUUGUGUUAUUUGUUUGUUUUAACCUUGAGAUUUUUUCCCAAACGAAAAUAUAUUAUUACUAAUAACUAAUAAGCCUGAGUUCUACCUUAAAAUUCACAAAUUCAUUUUUUAAUUGGAGAAAAAAUAUGUUUAUUCA